UCACAAAGCAUAGUAAUCACUUAAGAAAAUCUACUUUUUUUUGGCUCAACAUUUUAAUAUGGCCUCAAAAGCUUUGUCUUCCAUUGCCCUCUUCUUAUGCUUCAACAUAGUGUUUUUCACUACGGUGAGUUCACAUUCCGCCCCAUGCCCCCCACCACCAUGUAGCGCAUGUACUCCACAGUCGCCUAGCCAUGGUGGUCAACACGGAGGGAACCCACCGAUGUCCCCAACACCACUUACCCCAGGGUCGCCUAGCCAUGGUGGUCAACACGGAGGGAACCCACCUAUGUCCCUAACACCACCAUCUAAAGGAAACUGCCCCAUUGAUAUUCUAAAGUUGGGGGCAUGUGCCAAUGUGUUGAGUGGCUUGCUCGGAGCUGUUAUUGGAAGCCCACCAAAAAGCCAAUGUUGCAGUCUUCUUCAAGGUCUGACCGACCUUGAUGCAGCAAUUUGUCUUUGCACCGCCAUUAAAGCUAAUAUAUUGGGGAUUAAUUUGAAAGUCCCUAUAUCUUUGAGUUUGUUGCUCAAUCAAUGUGGCAAAAGGGAUACAUCCGGCUUCCAAUGCAAUUAAAUUUGGUCAUCACGUACGAUCUUAAAAACUAUUUCCCUACUUAAGCCAUAAAUUAAUGUCAUUAUGUUACUGUUUUAUUCAUAUGCGCAUACUUAUUGUAUUUGAUUAAUACAUACUUCGUAGUAUUUUUUAGGCACAAGUUGAUUUUGUUGGUGAUCGGGCUAGAUACGCCCUUAUUGGUUGGAUCACCUUCACACCAGAAAUUGUUGUAAUUUUGUCAUUUAUAUAUAUAAUAAAAGAAAAUUUA